UGUUUGUAAUGGGUGUGAACCACGAAAAGUACGAUGCUGCUAAAAAGCACAUUAUCAGGUUAUCAAUGACAACUUCACAAUCAUCGAAGGACUUAUGACUACCGUCCACGCCACAACGGCGACGCAGAAAACAGUUGAUGGCCCAUCAGGAAAGCACUAUCGUGAUGGACGUGGUGCAGGCCAGAACAUCAUCCCUGCUUCGACUGGUGCUGCCAAGGCUGUCGGCAAGGUCAUCCCAGCUCUAAAUGGAAAACUCACUGGAAUGGCCUUCCGUGUGCCAACCCCUGAUGUCUCGGUAGUCGAUCUCACUUGCCGUCUGCAGAAAGCGGCUUCCAAGGAUGACAUCAAAAAGGUCGUCAAGGCAGCCUCUGAGGGUCCAAUGAAGGGUAUUUUGGGAUACACAGAGGAUCAGGUCGUGUCG